CGCUCCGCCCCCUCGCCGGGCGUCGGCAGCUCGCGGAGAGGCGGCAGCGGGGCCGGGGGCGCAUUCGAGACGCCGGGGAGCAGCGCCUCGCCUGGGCUCCGGACGCCGCGGGGCUCCAGCUCCAGAUGCGGAAGCCAUGGAGUUGAGCUGCAGGGAAGUUCCUCUUUAUGGACAGAUGACAGUGUAUGCAAAGUUUGGCAAAAAUGUUUAUCUUCCUGAAGACGCAGAGUUUUACUUUAUUUAUGACGGAUCUCAACAGAGACACGUUGUGAUCGCAGAACGUACGGAGGACAACGUGCUGCAGUCCAGCGUCCCAGGCCACUGGCUGCAGGAGGCGGUGACCGUGUCUGUGUGCCUCUGCUCGGAAGGCUACUCCCCAGUGACCAUGGGCUCCUGCUCGGUGACCUACGUGGACAACAUGGCCUGCCGGCUGGCCCGUUUGCUGGUGACCCAGGCGGACCGCCUCACGGCCAGUAGUCACCAGACCCUGCUGACGCCGUUCGCCCUGACGCCAGGUGCGCUGGCUGCAUUGGACGAGGAGCUUGUGACGGCGAUGACCCAGCUGGAGCUGCCCGCAGGGUGGACUGUCCUGGGAGAUGCUUCACCUGAGGCGUCUCCGCACAGAGAGUCUCUCCUACACCUGGCUGUGAGAUGGGGGCUGCCCAAGCUUUCCCACUUCCUCUUGUGUCUCCCCGGGGGCGUCCAGGCCUCAGUGUUACCCAACGAAGAGGGCGCCACGCCGCUAGACUUGGGGCUGCUGGAGUGGCACGCGGGUUGUGACUUGUGAUAUUUCAGUUUCCAGGGCUCACGUGCCUCAGGCUGCUCCCGCGCAAGGCUCAGUGAGGAUGCGUCUCUGCAGUACGUUCAUGCCUCAGACACGCUGACUCUGACGCUUAACCACACGGCUGGGCACCUACUGGAGGCAGAUAUUAAGCUCUUCCGGAAAUACUUUUGGGACCGAGCCUUUCUUGUUAAGGUUUGUGCCGCCGCUGUGGUACUGCAGGACAGAGCCAUUCUUGUCGUGGUAACUAGAGAGAUUAAGAACUUGGUGUUGAGCAGAUCGUCACCCGAAAAGGAGGAUGGGGAGUGUGUCGAAAGCCUGGUGGUUCCACUGAGCAAACACGAGGACCAGGGCAGCUUGGAUAUAGGUCGCUCCUGUGAUGUCCUCAGGAAGCCCGCACAUCCCCCAGUGCUCCCUGCUGCAGGCCAGCUCCCGGAUGUACUAAAUGGGGGUGAAGAGGUCUACGCCAACUGCAUCGUGGUAGAUCAGGCUGGUGAGUUGGAUAUCAACUAUAUUAACCUCGAAGGGCUCUCCACCCACGCAGGAGCCGACCCCAUGGGCUCCAACCUGGGCUCCCACAGCUGCGAGCACCUGGAGCACCUGGUUCCUGCUCACACUCGCGCCAUCCUGUGCUCGCUCAGGGAGAACGGUGACCCGGCCCUGCACCCCGAAGCCAUGCAGUGUGUCCCGCCGCCGACUGGGGCUGGCCCUUGCAACUUGAAUCUUUCUUUUGGUCUUCAUGGGUUUGUAAUGGAACAAAGUCCUCUGAAGAAGAGAAGGGAUUUUGGACAAUUUUCAAAGCUCCGCUGUCAGGAGAAUGAUUCGUGGCAAAGAGCUUACAGCCUGUCGGAUCCACCCAGAGAGAAAAGAAUUGAAGAGGAAGAAUGGGAUAAAUUCAUCAUCCCUGCGAAAUCAGAGUCUGAAAAACAUAAAGUGAGUCGAACGUUUAGUUUCCUCAUGAAUAGGAUGACCAGCCCUCGGAAUAAAUCCAAGAUGAAAAACAAGGAUGCCAAAGACAAGGAGAAGCCGAAUCGACAUCAGUUUGUUCCGGGAACACUGUCUGGUGUUCUGCAGUGUGUGGCAUGUGAUAAGACACUCCUGGGGAAGGAGUCACUCCAGUGUUCUAACUGUAAUGCAAAUGUUCAUAAGGGCUGUAAAGAUUCCCUACCUCCAUGCAUCAAGAAAUUUCAAGAGAAAUACAACAAGAACAAGCCACAGACCAUCCUUGGAAGUUCUUCAGCUAGAGACAUCCCACUGUCUGGCCUCUCCUCACACUCCUCAUCUUCCAUGCCUGUUGGACUCCCAGCUCAGAGGAAGGAAUCUGCGGGGCAGGUCCCGCUGCUAUCCAGAAGUGUUCCAAGUACUGCCCUGGAAAGCCUCAGGAGGUCAGCCACAUCCUUGGAGUCUGAGGGUGAUGGGAACAACAACUGGAGAAGCAGGUCUCACUCUGAUGAGCUGCUGCAGUCCAUAGGCUCUUCUUCCUCCAUGGAGACUUUCAUAAUGGAAGAUGUCAUGGACUCGUCCGUGUGGAGCGACCUCAGCAGUGAGGCCCAGGAGUUUGAAGCAGAGUCGUGGAGCAUGGUGGUGGACCCCUCGUUUUGCAACAGUCAGGAGAAGGAUGUCAUCAAAAGGCAAGAUGUCAUUUUUGAGCUAAUGCAGACAGAGAUGCAUCACAUCCAGACCCUGUGCAUCAUGUCUGAGAUCUUCAGGAAAGGCAUGAAGGAGGAGCUGCAGCUGGACCACAGCACCGUGGAUAGGAUUUUCCCCUGCUUGGACGAGUUGCUUGAAAUCCACAGGCACUUUUUCUACAGCAUGAAGGAGCGCAAGCAGGAGUCUUGUGCUGGGAAUGACAGGAAUUUUGUGAUCAACCGGAUUGGAGAUAUUCUGGUACAGCAGUUUUCAGAAGAAAAUGCAAGUAAAAUGAAAACGAUCUAUGGUGAAUUCUGUAGCCAUCAUAAGGAAGCCGUUAGCCUCUUUAAAGAACUCCAGCAGAAUAAAAAGUUUCAGAAUUUUAUCAAGCUCCAGAAUAGCAAUCUUUUGGCCCGGCGCCGAGGAAUCCCAGAGUGUAUCCUUCUGGUCACUCAGCGCAUUACAAAAUACCCUGUUUUGGUGGAAAGAGUGCUGCAAUACACAAAAGAAAGAACGGAAGAACAUAAAGACUUAUGCAAUGCUCUUUGCCUCAUUAAAGAUAUGAUUGCAGCUGUGGAUCUAAAAGUCAGCGAAUAUGAGAAAAAACAAAAAUGGCUUGAGAUCCUGAAUAAGAUCGAAAACAAAGCAUACACGAAGCUCAAGAAUGGCCAUGUGUUUAGAAAGCAGACUCUGAUCAGCAAAGAAAGGACACUACUUCACGAUGGCCUUGUUUACUGGAAAACUGCGACAGGUCGCUUCAAAGUGCCCUCAGGAACCCCUCUCGUAACCCUCAUGGUGAUCUACCCAACAAGAGAACACCACCCUGGUACAAGAAGACUUCUGAUGAAUAAGGUUGUCCAUCUCACACUUGAGUUUGUGAUGUCUGGGCCACUGUCUGAGAGAGAGUUUGAAGGCCAGGUAGAGGAGCCUGAGUCUUCAGUUGACAACCCGAGUCACAUCCCUGAGGAACGCACCGAGUUCCUGAGUUGGAGAUCCACUGUAGCGGUUCCUCUCCUUGCUUUCCACGGCUCGUGGGUUUGGGUCACUCACUUUGGAGGUCACUGUUUCAUCUGUACUCUUGCCUCUCCCCGGCAGGAUCAGAAGCCUCCCGUUAUUUCCCUUCAGAAGCUCAUUGCUAGAGAAGUUGCUAAUGAGGAGAGAGGAAUGUUUCUGAUCAGCGCUUCCUCCGCGGGUCCUGAGAUGUAUGAAAUCCACACCAACUCCAAGGAGGAGCGGAAUAACUGGAUGAAGCAGAUCCAGCAGGCGGUGGAAAGUUGCCCAGAAGAAGAAGGGGGAAGGACCAGUGAAUCUGAUGAGGAGAGGAGGAAAGCCGAAGCCAGGGUGGCCAGAAUUCAGCAGUGUCAAGAAAUACUCAGUAACCAGGACCAGCAGAUCUGCACGUAUCUGGAGGAAAAGCUACAUAUCUAUGCUGAACUUGGGGAACUGAGUGGCUUUGAGGAUGUCCAUCUGGAGCCCCACCUCCUCAUUAAGCCUGACCCUGGAGAGCCACCCCAGGCUGCCUCCUUACUGGCUGCAGCACUGAAAGAAGCUGAGAGCCUGCAUGUCGCAGUGAAGUCCUCGAAGCUUCGUGACAUGAGUCACUCGCCCAAGGAUGCCGGCGCGGAGUCUGUCUCGAGGGAUGCGUUGGCGUCUGACGACGAUGUCCUGGGCCUGCCCGCUGUCCCACCAGUCACAGAGGAGCCGGGAGGAAGAGGCUGCUGGGACGUGGAACCUGGGAUCCAGGGCGAGCUGACUGGCUUGGCAGUCUCUGAGGCGGAGGAGAAGGUGGAGUGUCGAAGUUUCCCAGGUUCUUCCCAGUCAGAGAUCAUACAAGCGAUACAGAAUCUAACUCGCCUCUUGUACAGCCUCCAGGCCGCCUUGACCAUUCAGGACAGCCACAUGGAGAUCCACAAGCUGGUCCUCCGGCAGCAGGAGAGCCUGGCCCUUGGCCACUCUUUCCUGGGCAGCCCCUUCCAGGACCAGGAGAGGUCCCAGCACUUGGAGAAGCAGCGUGAGGAGUUGGCCGACGUGCACAAGCUCCAGCACCAGCUGCAGCAGGAGCAGAGGCGCUGGCUGCGCACCUGCGCCCAGCAGCAGCGGGAACAGGAGGCCAAGGAGAGCUGGCUGCAGGCGCGGGAGCGCGAGUGCCAGUCGCAGGAGGAGCUGCUGCUGCGGAACCGCGGAGAGCUGGAACACCAGCUGCAGGAAUACCAGCAGAACCUGGAGCGGCUGAGGGAGGGCCAGCGCCUGGUGGAGCAGGAGAAGGAGAGGAUGCGCGCGCAGCAGGGCCUGCUGGGCCCCUGGAAGCACAGUCGGCAGCGGAGCCUUCCAGCAACCUUCGCCCCCUGCCCUUCUGGGAGCCCGGAGGUCACGGAACUUAAUCGAUCUGAAAGUUUAUGUCAUGAGAAUUCAUUUUUCGUCAAUGAAGCUUUAGUACAAAUGUCACUCAAUGCUAUCAGUCAGCCGAAUCCAUCUGGUGCCCCCCAGGAUGUCACUCACUCCACACAUGUCCCUAACUCUGACUUGGUAAGGACUAGUGAAAAUCAAGCAGACCUCCAGACAGAUAAUUCUCAGCCCCCAGAUGUCAACCAUGAACUGUGGACAGCCACUGGACCCUGCCACCAGAUACCUCCUCUCCCGGACAGCAACAAAGAUUCUUAUCAAAACGAUCUGGACACCUCGUGGACAAAGUCUCCAUCCUUCCAGGACUCCGAUCCAUACUACCCUCAGCUGCAGACAUUUAUAACGGAAGCAAAGCAAAACCUUUCAACAGUGGUCCUGCAAGAUGUGGACAGAGUGGAAGAAGACAUUGUUUACCUCUAACUGUGUUGUCAUUAUUUUACCAAACAAACCUAACUCUGGCACUUUUGGGAGAGCCUUUCUUCCCCAUUCCUUCUGUGUGUGACUGUGCCCAAAUUGCUUUAAGAAUACUAUUUACUUGGCCUGUGUCUAAUAUUUAAAUUAUUGAAAACAGCCCUGUAGAAUGUUUAACUUAUAGUACCUACUUUCAGAUUUCUGGAGGGGAAUCUAACUUGAAUAAGCAGGGGGUAUAUUAAAAUUUUCUUUGACUUUAGAGUAAAAUUUCAUAUUGCAUUUUAUAUACAGUCACUUGGAUUGGGAAAUAAGUGGUUUUUAAAGUCAAGAUGAAGCAAUUUGGGUUUAAAGCAUGAUCUUCAUAAGGGAAGACCUUUCACCAUCACAGCAGUUGGUUAUUAAGAAUGGCCUUGGUGCCCAAAAAGACACAGGAGGCUAUGGGGAAGGCCUUUGUUCCACCAGCCUCUCUGUGUCAGUCUCCUUGGGCUUUAAGGGUAGAGGUCUGUCACCAUCACCAUUCUGUUGGCGUGGACUGCUGGGCACCUGUUCUGGCCCUGUGGCCACCACCCCAGGAACAAUCUGCAGGUGUUCAAGCCGGAGCCAUGUGCUUUGAGACACACUGUCUUUGUCCUAAUACUGGUGAGAGAUCUCACGCCUGCGGUCAGCAGUAUCCUUCAGCCUAGAGGCCCCUGGAGACAGUUGUGACAUGAACAGUGAAACUCUGUGUAAACCUUCCCUCCCAUCAGCCAACCUGUCGCUGUUACCCCCCUGGAGCACCAGCGGCCAUCACCCAUGCAAAGGAAGCCUUUCCUGUGUGACAGACAUGCCUUCGGUGAGCUUGCUGUGGAAGGCCUUUCCACAGAGGACACCUGGCAGAUGCUGCCUUUAAACCAGGAGAUGUUUUCAUUGUGUCCUGCAGAAAUAUUUGUAUAUGUUUUGGUCUGUGUCAAUAAAUAUCUUUUACGUCA